AUGGCAAUGGUUGCUAUCAUGCCAGGCAACUGGCCCAAGGACGGCCCCGAGGAGGAAGAUAUGAGUGAUGAGCCGUUUCUCCCCCGGUUUUCCUCUUCGAUGAUGACGGCAAAACCAUCGCCGCCGGCUCACGAUGAGCUGUUCAUCGACACCAACCAGAGUAAUGAAGCGAGUUCGCCUUCUUAUCUGUUGUUCGAGCCUGUUGUGUCUAGUGUUUCAGAAACGGAACCGAUAGAUAAUUGGAGGCGAUACGAUCCUCCUAGGGAGCUGCUAGACUUCCAAGAUGGUACAUCGACCGAUAUCCGUAGCCUUUUGGAACCAUCCAUAGAAAGAAUACGGGACCGCCAUAGGGCCGAUGUGGAAAUGCGGACUGCUGCUGCUCGCCGAGAAAAGCCCCUGGGUCGAGCUGGAAGGGCGUCAGCGAAACCUCGAAGAGAUAUCUCGAUGAGUGGAGCUUUGGAUCCAUCUAUCUUUACACAUAGUCCUCGGUCGAGCCAGGGCAGUGGAGCUUCGCUAUCAUCGGGGGACUCUGGAUAUGGGUCUAGAUCACCGGCGGCCAAUUCUCCUGACCAUGCGUCAUCAAGGGUUGAAAAGAAAUUCCUCUCUGCUAUUAGCUCUCGAUUCAAACUUAAACGCACCGAUAAAACACCUAAUCACCCUGCAACUCCUAACCAAAACGGUAGCGCUUUAGUCUUGCCAACAAUGCAAGAACCACCAGGUCAGGUGGAUGUAGGAAACGAUGCAAUUCCAGUGCCACUAACAGGGGAAUGUGUCUCAUGUCUGGAUGACUUUGCAACAACAAACCUUAUCAAGCUCACCUGUCACAGUUAUUGUGCUGACUGCUUCCAAAGACUUAUCAAUAACGCCCUGGAAUCAGAAACUCAUUGGCCAGUAAAAUGCUGCCUCACCAAAAUCCCCUCCUCAACCAUCGAGCCGCAUCUAGACCGCAAAACUCAAAAGAAAUACCAUGGCCGUGAAGCUGAAUGGUCUAUUCCUGUCGGCAACCGUAUCUACUGCGCCCACCCAAACUGCGGCACCUGGAUUUCCCCAGAAGGUAUCAAGAGGGAAUCAAACCGCGCCAAAUGCCCUAAGUGCUCCCGCAAAACUUGCACCAGCUGCCGGGGUAUCUCCCACACUGGAACAGAAUGCCCCCAUGACCCCGCCUUAAUCGCCACCAUCAACCUCGCUGAUCAAGAAGGCUGGAAACGCUGCUAUAGCUGCCAUGCCUUAGUUGAGCACACCCAGGGCUGCCGCCACAUGACAUGCCGCUGCAACGCCCAGUUUUGCUACAUCUGCGGUCUACGCUGGCGCACAUGUUCAUGUACCAAUGACCAACUAGCGGAUAUUCAGGGACAAGCCGCAAUUCGCCGGAAUGAGGAAGCAGCUCGUACAGCACUACAAACUGCAGCCGCUGAAGAAGAGCGCCGUGCGCUGUGGCUCGUAGCAGAGUUUGAGCGUAGGGAAGCUGAGAUGGAAGCUGCUGAGGCGGAGGCGAGAAGAGUACAAGAGGAGGAGGAACAGAGACGCCAAGAGGAGGAGCGUAUUGCUGCUGUUAAUGUUCGGUUCCUUCAUCUCAGCACGGAACUUGAAUCACUGCAUGAUGUGCAGCAUGUUAGAAUCGCAGAGCGCUAUGAUCUGGAACAGGAAACGUUGCAGAAAGAACGUGAAAAUGCUUUGGAGACGCUAUCCAUCCGGCAUCCACAGGAAACGCAAGUUCUCGCCCUUGAGUCACAAACUAAAAUCUCCGACAUGGAACACAAACUCGAGAUGGAAUACCAUGGACUCCUAGCCGAGGAGCAAAGAAUCGAACAUAAAUACGUGGAUGAGUUACGAGCAUACUGGAAGGGGAAACCAGGCGGGGAGUAUAAAGUAAGAGCCGCGAGGGAUGAGUUGAGAAGGGAUCAAGAUAUCGAAUAUAAGUCCUGGGAAAAUUAUCGGAAGUCGAAGCUGCAGGCCCUUGCGGAAGGGGAGAGGAAGCAGAUGGAUACUUUGAGAGCGAAGCAAAGGAGCGAAGUCAGAACUGUCGAGGGGCGGGCUCAGAUAGAUGAGGUGGAAUGGAAGAGAAAGCGGGCGGCCGAGGCAAAGUGGGUUGAGGUUGUUAUAAAUGAGAGGACUGAAAUACUGCAAGGACUGGAGAGAGACGAGUAUGCCCAGGGUGGUUAG